UUACUCACUGAAUUAUAUUCCUCUCUAAUUAUUUUAAUCUCUUAUAUAUCACUAUAGGAAGGACAGGCUCCUUUUUAUAGAAAAGAAAAUUGGCCUUCUGUGUCAUGUCAGUGCUUAUUAAAUACAACAAUCAUAAGAACAUAUAUGCUACAAGAUUUUACGUUUUGAUUCCAUAGCUGUUAUAGGCUUAGUGUUUGCAGUAUUUAUUUAGUGGUAAUGCAUUUCUUUCCCUGUUUUGCAUUUCAAAGGUCUUCUCUAAAUGAUUGUUUCAUGGAACUAUCAAGAGGCUAUCUAAAUUUUUCAAUCAAAUAUUACACAAUACUGUAUGGUGGUGGUCAUGGAGUUUCAGUCCAUGUACAUUCUUUGUAUAGAAAGAAAUAAACAGAAAUCCAUAAAAAAAUACAACAAAUGUUUAAUUAAAUAAGUGAAUGUAUUAGGCUGGGCUGAAUUUUGACCAAAGCAAAAUUUCAGGCUCUUUGGUACUGAGCUGGUGUGUUACAUUAUAUGAGAGUAAAAUAUUUUUAUUUGAAAUCCGUACAGUAGGUUUUUCGUGAAUACACUCUUGUUGCUGUGGUGCGGUUUUAAUCAAGUUUUUGCAAAGUGAUGAAUUUUUUCUUUGGUGAUGCUGCUUUAUAAAACUAAAAAUUGAACAUUAAAAUAGCUAACAUUAAAAAAAAACCCAAAAAACAAGACCCGAGAAUUGCACUAGUUGCUUUUCAAAGAGGAAAUUGCAGGAAGAUGACCUCAAUGAAUUAAAAAAAAAAUGUGAGAAAAAUCUACAAUUAUUUUUUACAACAAGUUUUACUAAAUGUAUAAAUUCACCCAACAGAUUAAAAUAUAUUUAAUAUAUUUUCAUUUUAAAAGGAUAUUUAUUUUAAUUUACCUGUCAGGCAAAUAAAGGACAGAUUUGCUGCUCUGAAAUUUUUUUUUUUGGUCAGGGUUAACAGAAUCAUUGAGAAUGCUUUUUAAAUUAGAUGUCAUUUUCUUGACAAGAAUGAAGAAGGGCUGGGACGCUAUCUAUCAGCUUCAAAUAAUUUGCGUUUUUUCUAAAACACCAGAAUAUAUUAAUUGCUUUAUUUCCUUACAAAGUAAUUGCUUGCACCUGCAAUUUUCAGGGUAUUUUUACAAGCCUGAGAAGUAAUAAAAAUAGUGCUGUAACUAUGUUUUAUAAUGUAUAUAGUUUUAUGUUCAGAACUGUAUUCUUCAGAGUUGAGGUAGGACAUUUGGGUCUAGAGUGAGUUUUUUUGAGAGCAAUCUUGGAAUGAUUUUACACUAACUGGAACAUGCUACAUUCCAGUGCCCCUGCCCCCAUUUUUUACACGUGCCUUAAAAACUUCCAAACUCUCAAGGAUAUCGGAACACACAUUUACAGAGAAAUGUUUAGAAUGUGUCUCAAAUGGCUGCAUCAAUCACGUGUUUGGCUGGGCCCUUCAUCUGGGAAGCUACCUUCAUCGUUCCUUUUUGGCCUGUCCUCCAUUCUUCCCCUAUCUAAAUAAUUUCACUUAAAACUUUCAAGGAGAGAAAAGAGCUUGACCUAAGAUCCUACAUACAAUUGCAGACUCGGAUGUCUCUAGGGGGUAGAGAAUUGUGCAUAUCCCACCUCUCCCUUCCACGUAGCAGUUCGUCAUAGUCCUGUACACAAGUGCAGAUGUUAGUUAACAAUGUAUAAAAUACAGCCUGCAGAUAUAUCGGUCUAGGCAGCGAUGCAUCCAGGAAUGGACAUAAUUCAGUAGUGAUGGGUCCAGGAAUGGACAUAAUUCAGUAGCGAUUUGUACAAAUAUUGCAUCAACUAAGCUGGCCUUGCAAAAAUCAUCAUGAAAAAUGUAGUCCAGGCACAAAUUCUGCUUCUCCACCUUUUAGCAUGAUAAUGAAGAUAAAUCAAUGAUCCAUCCUCACCCAACACUAAACAAACAAACAAAUAAAUAAAUGCUGGCCCUGGGGCAAGCCAGUGAGCAGAAUUGUGCAAGGCUGCAUUUAAUUUCUCUGUGCUCCCAACAAUCACUAUUAGUUCCUCCUGCUACAGGCAUACCUACUCACAAUGGAGAAUCGAAUAGCCUGAGAUUUUCCUCUCUGCUGACCUCUAAGCUCACUCUUCCCUGCCAUUUUCUUCUUUUUUUUUUUUUUCAUAUUCUCCUCAUCCCCGAUUUCAUUAAAAAAGACAGAAUUCUUUCCCUCUGCUCCCCAAGCGCAGAGGAGAAGGAGAUUCCCCCCCCAGUGGGGAACAGCUGUGCCGAAGGUGGCGUUUGUUUUUGUGUCCUCGCGGCCUCCCCCGUUUGUCAUUUCUCCUGCUCGGCGUCACUUUCCCUGCCGCGGCGGGGCCGCCGGUUUCGGGAAAGGGGAGGGAGGGAGGAGCGGGGUUAGUAACGGAGGCAGCGGCGGCUCCGCAGCUCCAGCGAGGGCAAAACACACUGAAGGGUGGCGGGGUGGGCGGCGGAACGGGGUCAUCAAAGUUGGGAGCGGGAACGCGUCAGCCCCGCCGCCACAUCGCGGGGGAAAUACCCGAGCCGAUGGUCUCCAGCGAGCCGCUGCUGCUGCCUGUGUCACUGGAGGGCGAGUUCUCCAGUAGCAUGAAGGAGAUGAUCGGCGGCUGCUGCGUGUGCUCCGACGAGAGGGGCUGGGCCGAGAACCCGCUAGUCUACUGCGACGGGCACGGCUGCAACGUUGCGGUGCAUCAAGCUUGCUAUGGAAUUGUUCAAGUACCCACUGGACCUUGGUUUUGCAGGAAGUGUGAAUCUCAGGAAAGAGCAGCCAGAGUGAGAUGUGAAUUAUGCCCUCAUAAGGAUGGUGCUUUAAAGAGAACAGAUAAUGGGGGUUGGGCUCAUGUGGUUUGUGCUCUGUACAUUCCCGAGGUGCAGUUUGCAAAUGUUUCAACAAUGGAACCUAUCGUGUUGCAGUCUGUUCCUCAUGAUCGUUAUAAUAAGACAUGCUACAUUUGUGAUGAACAAGGCAGAGAAAGUAAAGCAGCCACUGGUGCUUGUAUGACAUGUAAUAAGCAUGGAUGUCGACAAGCUUUUCACGUAACGUGUGCACAGUUUGCAGGACUUCUUUGUGAAGAGGAAGGCAAUGGUGCAGAUAAUGUCCAGUACUGUGGCUAUUGUAAAUACCAUUUUAGUAAACUGAAAAAGAGCAAACGGGGAUCUAAUAGGUCAUAUGAUCAAAGUUUAAGUGAUUCUUCCUCUCACUCUCAGGAUAAACAUCAUGAGAAGGAGAAAAAAAAAUACAAAGAGAAAGAUAAACACAAGCAAAAAUAUAAGAAGCAGUCGGAGUCCUCACCGUCCUUGGUUCCAUCUCUUACUGUAACUACAGAGAAAACAUACACAAGCACUAGCAACAACUCCAUGUCAGGCUCCUUGAAGCGGCUGGAAGAUACUACAGCUCGAUUUACAAAUGCAAAUUUCCAGGAAGUUUCUACACACAUUUCAAGUGGAAAAGAUUCUUCAGAGGCCAGAGGGUCAGAGAGCAAAGGGAAGAAAUCUGCAGGUCAUAACUCAGGUCAGAGGGGAAGAAAGCCUGGUGCUGGAAGAAAUCCAGGAACAACUGUGACUGCAGCCAGCCCUUUUCAGCAAGGAAGCUUUUUGGGCACUCCUGGAAGCAUAAAGUCAUCUUCUGGAAGUUCAGUUCAGUCUCCCCAGGAUUUUUUGAGUUUUACAGACACAGAUCUGCGAAGUGACAGCUUCACUCAUUCUCAACAGGCUUCGUCGACCAAAGAUGUACAUAAAGGAGAGACUGGGAGUCAAGAGGGGAGUGUCAAUUGUUUCACUUCCUUAAUUGGUCUCCCUUCAUCAUCAGCUGUUUCCCAGUCUAAAAACUUCGACAGCUCACCCGGAGACAUAGGUAGUUCAAGCCUUACUUCUACAGCAUACAAACGAGCUCAAACUUCUGGAAUAGAAGAAGAAGCUGUAACUGAGAAGAAAAGGAAAGGAAAUAAGCAAAGUAAACAUGGGCCGGGUAGACCCAAAGGAAAUAAAAGUCAAGAAAGUAUUUCCCAUCUUUCAGUCUCUUCUGCAUCCCCAACUUCAUCUGUGGCUUCUGCUGCAGGAAGUGUGACAAGCUCUGGUCUUCAGAAAUCUCCAACUUUGCUCAGGAAUGGAAGUUUACAAAGUCUUAGUGUUGGCUCAUCUCCAGUGGGUUCAGGUAUUUUUAGCAGCAAUGAUGUAGCAGUAUCAUUUCCAAAUGCAGUAUCUGGCUCAGGAUCUAGCACUCCCGUUUCCAGUUCUCAUUUACCUCAGCAGGCUUCUGGCCACUUGCAGCAAGUGGGAGCUCUAUCACCUUCAGCUGCGCCUUCUGUAACUACUGUUGUUGCUGCAACUCAGGCAAACACCCUACCUGGAUCUUCUCUCACUCUGCCUCCAUCCCACAUGUAUGGCAAUAGGCUGAAUCCAAAUUCAGCGAUGGCAGCACUUAUAGCUCAGUCUGAAAACAGCCAAGCAGAUCAAGAUCUUGGAGAUAAUAGCCGAAGCCUUGUUGGCAGAGGAGGUUCACCCAGAGGAAGUCUCUCACCACGAUCCCCUGUAAGCAGCUUGCAGAUUCGCUAUGAUCAAUCAGGGAACAGUUGUGGGGAAAAUUUGCCCCCAGUAGCAGCCAGCAUAGAACAGCUUCUGGAGAGGCAAUGGAAUGAAGGACAACAGUUUUUAUUAGAGCAAGGCACCCCUAGUGACAUUUUAGGAAUGCUUAAGUCAUUGCACCAACUUCAGGUUGAAAAUAGGCGAUUAGAAGAACAGAUUAAAAACCUGACUGCUAAGAAAGAGCGACUUCAGCUACUCAAUGCACAACUUUCAGUGCCCUUUCCAACAAUAACUUCAAAUCCUAGCCCUUCUCAUCAAGUCCAUGCCUUUCCAGUACAAGCAGCACCUAGCACUGACUCCUUGAACAGCAGUAAAAGCCCUCAUCUGGGAAACAGUUUUCUACCAGACAAUUCUCUCCCUGUAUUAAAUCAGGAGAUAACCUCCAGCGGACAAAGCACCAGCAGUUCAUCAGCUCUUUCCACUCCACCACCUGCUGGGCAGAGUCCAGCUCAGCAAGGCUCAGGAGUCACAGGAGUUCAACAGGUCAAUGGUGUGACAGUGGGGGCACUAGCUAGUGGUAUGCAGACUGUAACCUCCACCAUUCCUGCAGUGCCUGGUGUGGGUGGAAUAAUUGGAGCACUGCCAGCCAGCCAGCUGGCAAUCAAUGGAAUUGUAGGGGCUUUAAAUGGGGUAAUUCAGACCCCAGCAACAAUAUCACAGAACCCUUCUCCUCUCACUCAUGCAACCGUGCCACCCAAUGCAACGCAUCCUCUGCCAAGCACAUUAAAUAACAGUGCCUCGGGAUUAGGAUUGCUCCCUGACCAACAGAGACAACUUCUACUCCAUCAACAGCACCAGCAAUUUCAGCAACUACUAAGUACCCAGCAACUCACAUCAGAACAACAUCAGGCCCUUUUGUAUCAAUUAGUACAGCAACAACAUCACCACCACCAACACCAUCAGUCUGAAGUACAGCAAUUGCAGAUUACUGGAGGAGCACAGAUACCUAUAAACAACUUACUUUCAGGCACACAGGCCUCACCACUUAAUGCAGCUACUACCAACCCAUUCCUUACAAUCCAUGGAGAUAACGCAGCUCAGAAGGUGACAUAUUUUCUCUUACACAGAGGCUCAAUGAUAAAACUGGACCAGUUGCAUCAGAGAAGAGUUGACAUUUGACUGAUGCUUGAGAACUGCAUGUCCUGCUGUUAUAGCACUUCAUCGGGCUGCAAACUGCAGUUUCCCUUUCUGCAGACUGAAGAAAUGCAACAAGGAAUUCUUACUGCACAGCAAAAGGUUAAUAAUUUUCAUAAGGACAUUUCUGGUAGACUUUGAUUUGCUUUCUUGUUGCACUAAAAAGGAUGUACUUUUUAAUGUUUCGGACUGUGAAGUAGAUAAAACUGCAAACCAUAAUUAUUUUGUCAAUAUGAUGGUACUAAGUACAAAAUCAGCCAUAGAAAAACACAUACUUGACUUUUCAGUCCUAAUCUUCUAAAUUUAAAGGCUCACUAACUGUCUGCAGUCAGGUAUUACUUGGUUCCAGAGCAGCAGUUUUAAAAAUCAAACGGGCCUCAGUCCCAGCCAGUCUGAUCUUGUGCUGCAGCUGCAAAAUCUCCUGGACAAAGCUCGUCUUCGCAGCCUGGACUUGCUGCGUGUUGGGUUUUUUCCACACCUGUUCUGAAACCUGACUCGUAAGUGAAUCCACUUCUGAAGUUUUUAUUCCUUUAAAUUCCUGUUGUUACAUAGUGGGAGUUUUUCCUGAGUAGGAAUUGCAGUAUGGAAUCCAAAGUUUAUCAAUUUUGGUGUAGGUUUUAGAGUUCUGAGGUUUUUAGAGGAACCAGUUUGGUUCCAAUGACAAAGUUUUCUUACCAGAUGAGAAGGCCACACUGGGAGAAGAAUGUGUAGUGUUUGGCCUCAACCAAGUGCCUGUUGCUACCUCCGUUCUGUCAAAAUGGCUGCAAACAGCUGACCAUGCACUAGACGCGUCCUUGUUAGCAGCGGGAAUAUCCUGUGUUGCACCAGCAGCCUUGUUCUGCCUUCCCUAGAGGUGUUUGUGCCACUGUAGAGAGCUCAGGCAGAUCCUUACCUGGGUCGCUUUCACUAAUAAAUUACCAAAAAAGUGAGUUAAUGUUUCCCACUCAAAUUUACUGGUGGUUGAACCUGGUCAGCUUGCGUCACACCACUUCCGACAGCAGCUGAUUUCAUGGCGUGAGUCUAUGCAGUACGGUGAGGGACAGUUCAAAGGGGGUUGAUGACCACUAAUCGCUAUUAAGGUGGGAAUUAUUAGAGGAAAAGACCCAGCGGUAAUUAGACCUCCACUGUGGACUUAUUUGGAAGAACAUGUUAAUUCUGCAAUAUGUUUCUUAGUUAAACAUUGCACAGUUCUUACCUCAUUUCUGUAAAUAAAGUUUUGUGAAUCUGUUUUGUAUUGUGAAGAAUUCAUAAGAAAACAUUGAUAUUUUGAUUUGUAAUAUUUCUAAUUAGUAGAUUUAAUUGAAAAAGUAAAAAUAAUUUAUUUUUAUAUGUUCCGGGGAAUUUUUUAAAAAUGUCAUAAAUCACUUUUGUAGAUACUUUACAAAAGUAACCCAGUGGUUUAUUUUACUUGCGCAGCCCACUGGUGGAUAUUCUGUAACGAUUUGUACAAAAGGGGAGAAGGAAACGUGCUGUUAUUUUGCCUAGAUGUAAAAUUCCAAGUGUAUGAAAAGAUAUGUACAAAGCUUUUGUUAAUAAACUUUAUUAAUGCUUA